AUGGAGCGACGGAGGCUCGCCCACCUCCUCAGAGCCUGUUCGAAGAGCUGCAUCUUCCACGGAGGCCUUCAGCUUCACGCAGCUCUGAUGAAGACGGGCCUCCAGUCCGACGUCGUUCUGAGCAACGACCUCGUGGACAUGUACGGUCGCUGCGGCAGGCUCGACAUGGCCCGAGAGGUUUUCGAGAAAAUGCCCACGAAGAACGUCGUCUCCUGGACCGUGCUCAUGGCAGGGCACUUGCAGACGGGCCACGCAGAGGAGUCUCUGGAGCGCUUCCGGGAGAUGGUCCUCUCCGGAGCUCGGCCAAACGAGUUCACUCUGUCGACUCACCUGAAGGCCUGCGGGUUCCUCGGCGCCGCUGGCGACGGUAAGCUGGCACACGGACUCUGCGUGAAGAUUGGCUUGGAGGGGCACGUUGUGGUGGGCAACUCGAUCUCUCACAUGUACUCGAGAACUGGAAUGAUCGAGGAUGCGAAGAAGAUGUUCGCCAUCAUGCCGGUGAGGAACCUCGUCAGCUGGAACGCCAUGAUCGCGGGAUUCCUCCUCGGAGGAGACGAGAGGAGCGCCCUGCGCCUGUUUGAUGAAAUGCAGAGCCAAGGGGAGGCGCCCGAUGAGUUCACGUUCUCGAGCUUGCUGAAGGCCUGCAGUGGCCUGUGCGCCGCUCGGGAAGGAACCCAGAUCCACGGUUCUCUCAUCGCCCGGGGUUUCGUGGGUUCAGUGAAUUCGAUCUUGCCUGGCGCUCUGAUCGAUCUUUACGUGAAGUGCGGACGCAUCUCAGUGGCGAGAAAAGUUUUCGAUCGAACAACGCAGAAGAACGCGGUUCUGUGGACGGCCCUGGUUGCAGGCUACGGCCAGGAGGGUCUGCUGGAGGAAGCCAUGGAGUUGUUCACCCAGAUGAGAAGGUCUGGAGAUCAAACCGAUGGGUUUCUUCUCUCUAGCCUGCUGGGGAUGUUCGCGGAUUUCGCUCUGGUGGAGCAGGGGAAGCAAGUUCAUGCCCUCACAGUGAAGCUGCCCUCGGGAUCAGACGUCUCUGCGGCCAAUUCAGUGCUCGAUAUGUACUUCAAGUGCGGGCUGGCGGAGGAAGCGAGCCAGUUCUUCGAGGAGAUGCCCUCUAAGAACGUCAUCUCCUGGACAGUGGCGAUUGACGGCCACGGGAAGCACGGCCAUGGCAAGGAAUCGAUCCGUCUGUUCGAGCAGAUGGAGGGAGAAAGGGUAGAACCAGAUGGGGUGACCUACUUGGCCCUGCUCUCUGCGUGCAGCCACGCGGGGCUCGUGGAUGAAUGCAAGCGCUACUACUCGAGGCUGAAGGAGGACGACCGGAUAAAAGUCAGAGCGGAGCACCACGCUUGCAUGGUUGACCUUCUUGGUCGAGUGGGGAGGCUGAAGGAAGCCAGAGACCUCAUCGAGGGCAUGCCCGUGGAAACCAGCGUGGGGACAUGGCAGACCCUCUUGAGCGCCUGCAGAUUGCACAAGGAUCUGGAUAUGGGGAGAGAGGUUCUGGGUGUUCUUGCGAGGCUGGACGGAGAGAACCCGGUGAACUACGUGAUGAUGGCCAACAUCUUGGCGGACGCAGGGCGAUGGGAGGAGUGCGGGAGCUUGAGGGAGAUGAUGAAAAGGAGGAGGCUGAAGAAGCAAGGGGGCUGCAGCUGGAUAGAGGUCGACAGGAGGGUGCAUUCCUUCUUCGGAGGCGACGAUUCCCACCCGUUGACCGAGGAAAUCAGGGCGGCGCUCAGGGAGGUGGAGAGGAAGAUGAAGGAAGAAGCGGGCUACGUUUCUGGGUCGACUUUCGCUCUGCACGACGUGGAGGAGGAGUCCAAGGAGGACAGCUUGAGGGGGCAUAGCGAGAGGCUUGCCAUAGGGUUGGGGCUGGUAUGCUCUGGGCUGGAGAGUACUAGCGUGAUUAGGGUUUACAAGAACCUGAGAGUCUGUGGCGACUGCCAUGAGUUCAUCAAGGGCCUGUCGAAGGUUGUGAGGCGAGUGCUGGUGGUGAGGGACGCUAACAGGUUCCACAGGUUUCAGGACGGCGCCUGCUCGUGCCGCGGGUACUGGUGA